AUGAUACGCGUCCCGAUGAAGAGCAACGCUAAGUGGGCGCAUUUGCGACUACAGGAGAAAUUGCUCAGACUCUUCGGACCAUGUGGAGCAUUCAUUCGGUUGUCCUGGGCACUAAUAUGUCCAUGUUUCCUCGUGACUCUGAUGUUCACCCAUGUAAUCAACUACAAACUUCCACUGUUUUUCGGAUGUCAUGUACCUAUUGCAAGUGAAUACUUAGCGUGGACCCUGGUCAAUGCUCCUAUAUCCGCCGUUUUCAUCGGAGCUAUCCUAGCUACAGUGAAAAUCAGAAAAAGUGGCAAGCUAAGUGGUCGCGAAGAAUCAAUGGAGUGUGAGACAGAGCAUCGUCGUGUUGCAAAGCCAAAGAUCGUCUUUUCAUUGACUCCGCCUAUU